AGCAAAGUGCCUUUCCUAUUUCUCCAAAACACAACCUCUCAAAUCUCAAUCCCUCGAAUAAUCCUCUCAGUUUCAUUUCCCAUCUAAACACCACCGAAAACCAUGGCCACCCCUUCCCCACGUGAGGAAAACGUCUACAUGGCGAAACUCGCCGAGCAAGCGGAGCGUUACGAGGAGAUGGUCAAGUUCAUGGAAAACGUCGUCUCCGCCGUCCCCGCCCCCGACGAACUCACCGUCGAGGAAAGGAACCUCCUUUCCGUCGCCUACAAGAACGUGAUCGGCGCCCGCCGUGCUUCCUGGCGGAUCGUCUCCUCCAUCGAGCAGAAAGAGGAAGGACGUGGCAACGCUGAUCAUGUCUCCGUCAUCCGAGAGUACAGGGCCAAGAUCGAGGCCGAGUUGUCCGAGAUUUGCGCCGGAAUUUUGAACCUUCUCGAGGAAAAGCUCGUUCCCGCCGCUGGGACCGGGGAUUCCAAGGUCUUUUAUCUGAAGAUGAAGGGAGAUUACCAUAGGUACUUGGCUGAGUUCAAGACUGGCGAUGACAGGAAAGCUGCUGCCGAGAACACGCUCACUGCGUAUAAAUCUGCUCAGGACAUUGCAAAUGCUGAGCUGGCCCCAACUCAUCCUAUCCGUUUGGGAUUGGCUCUGAACUUUUCGGUCUUCUACUAUGAGAUCUUGAAUUCUCCUGAUCGUGCUUGCAGUCUUGCAAAACAGGCUUUUGAUGAAGCCAUCUCAGAGCUGGACACUCUUGGAGAGGAUUCAUACAAGGACAGCACUUUGAUAAUGCAACUUCUUCGUGAUAACCUCACUUUGUGGACCUCAGAUAUGCAGGAUGAUGGGACAGAUGAGAUCAAAGAAGCUCCCAAACGUGAGGAUGAGAAACAACAGUGAAGUCACUAAUCCUCGUCGUAGUAUUUUACUUCUCUGGUUGUUUUUGUAUGGAGAAGUUGCUUCGUCCCACAAUCGCUUCAGUUACUCGUUUUUAGGAGAUCAUGCCUCGAUUUAUGAACCUUGGAAGUACUGCUAAAAAUUUCUUAGUAUUUCACUGGUUAUUCUUUUCGAAUUGAAGCUUUCUAAUUGCAGUGAGGCUAUGUGCACUCUUUUUAAAUUGUUUUCUUGACAAUAAGGAGCUGAUGAUUGAGAUAUUUUCUAAGCUUAAUGUUUGGAAGAUGUUUUAUUGGAAUUAUCAGAUUGAUAUUUAAAUAGCUUUGUUGUUUUA